AUGAAAAAGAUUUUUAUGACUCAUGCGAGUCAUGGCGCUGUUGGUGUUGCGAACGGUUCUGGUAACAUGAACUCUGACGUAUUCCCUCAAUUCAUGCGUCAUUUCAUCAAGCACACCGGUGCUAAUGCCGCUUCGCCAACCAUGUUGCUGCUGGACAACCGCGGUUCGCAUUUAUCGAUCGAGGCGAUAGAUUUGGCGUUGGAUCAUGGCAUCACGUUGCUGUCUUUUCCGCCGAAAUUCACGCACAAAAUGCAGCCGCUAGAUGUUGCGGUAUUUGCACCAUUUAAAGGCAUGAUGACCGUGAAGCAUGAUGCAUGGAAAAAGUCCAAACAUUGGUGUCACUUUCGAUCUGCAUCAUGUGCGCUCCUUGUCGAUCAGUGCCUCGAUGUUAUGUUAACGCCGAAAACCAUCAAAUCCGGCUUCCGAACAACUGGCAUCUACCCGUUCAACCCCCAAAUUUUCGCUGAAGUUGACUUUGUCGCUUCGGAACUGAGCGGCUAA